ACAAAGAUUUCUUUAAAUAUCCGCAACUCUUUCCUUUUUGUCAUUUGCUCUCACAACCUCUCAUAAACUUUUUGCCAGCUCAUCCUUUUUUCAAAGUUUUCAACCUGAUAUCUGGUAAAAAUGGUGGAGGAGAAGUCCGGGAUUGCGAAAGACGUCACUGAAUUGAUCGGUCAAACACCGUUGGUGUAUCUCAACCGUGUGGUAGAUGGCUGUGUAGCAAAGAUUGCUGCAAAGCUGGAGAUGAUGGAGCCAUGCUCUAGUGUCAAAGAUCGGAUCGGAUAUAGUAUGAUUAAAGAUGCUGAGGAGAAAGGUCUCAUUACGCCCGGCGAGAGUGUCCUGAUUGAGCCUACAAGUGGCAAUACUGGCAUAGGAUUGGCGUUCAUGGCAGCUGCUAAGGGUUACAAACUAAUAAUCACCAUGCCUGCUUCAAUGAGUCUUGAAAGAAGGAUCAUUCUUCGAGGAUUUGGGGCAGAACUUGUCCUCACAGAUCCAGCCAGAGGCAUGAAAGGGGCUGUUCAAAAGGCUGAAGAAAUAGUGGCAAAGACACCCAAUGCUUAUAUGCUUCAGCAAUUCGAAAACCCUGCCAACCCAAAGGUGCAUUAUGAAACUACAGGACCAGAAAUCUGGAAAGGCUCUGGUGGUAAAGUUGAUGCCUUUGUGUCUGGGAUAGGGACAGGAGGUACGAUAACAGGUGUUGGGAAGUACCUCAAAGAACAAAAUCCGGACAUUAAGCUCUAUGGUGUAGAACCAGUUGAAAGUGCUGUUUUGUCUGGAGGGAAGCCUGGCCCUCACAAGAUCCAAGGAAUUGGUGCUGGCUUCAUCCCUGGAGUUUUAGAUGUCAACCUGAUUGACGAAGUUAUUCAAGUAACAAGUGAAGUGGCUAUAGAAACUGCUAAGCUUCUUGCAUUGAAAGAAGGUUUGCUGGUAGGAAUAUCAUCUGGUGCUGCUGCUGCAGCGGCAAUUGAAAUUGCAAAGAGGCCAGAAAAUGCUGGAAAGCUCAUUGUUGUGGUCUUCCCCAGCUUCGGAGAGCGUUAUCUAUCCUCCGUGUUGUUUGAAUCUGUGAAGCGGGAGGCCGAGAGCAUGGUGUUUGAGCCCUGAUAUGUUCCCCAGCUUCUUCAAAGGAGUUGUACAAAUUUCAUGCUGUGUGAGGAAGAGCUCGCGAUCAUCAUGUUGCACCGUGUUCCUGCUUUGAGUGCUUUCGCUUCUUGACAUGAGUGACCCAAUAAAUUGCUGUGAAGAAUAGUGUGCUGGCUUUGUUGCUUGUAAUGUAAUUUAGGAAACAGGACUUGUAUGGCUGACUAGUUUAAGAAACUUUACUGCAUUCUCUCUUAUAAAUUCAUUGCAAUUAACAGCAA